CCAGGAACGAAGCACCAUUGGGUUUCAUCACGCAAAGUUGUGCAAAAUAUAGCGGAAGACAAAGAGGCCUACGAUUGUGGAGGAUUCCUACAGGAGCGACCUGGGAUCACAUGUGAACGACACCCUCCUGGGUUCUUUUGUGCUACAUGUGUUCUCAGGUCGCCCCUGCCGGGCUUUCCUCCAUACCUACAUGUCAGUGGUGGCCCAACUCUAAUGGUGUGCUUUCAGCCAUUGAAUCGUCCCCGAGUUGGACGCUUCAAGCCAACAUUUUAUCUAGUUACAGCAGCUAAGGGUUACUCUCUUGUUAAAAAUUGGAAAGCAUCAAACAGCACUAUAAAUUAG